AGCGCCUAGUUAGGGGUCCGAGUCCCCGGGGAAGCUGCGCGCUCCCCAACGGCAGGGAGAGCUUGGGGACCUGAACGGGAAAGGAGACACCAUGGCGGCGUCCCCGCGGAGUCUGUGGCUGCUGUGGGCGCUGCUGGGGGCCGCCCGGGGCUGCGCGGAGCCCUGCGCCUGCGUGGACAAGUACGCGCACCAGUUCGCCGACUGCGCGUACAAGGACCUCCAGGAGGUGCCCUCGGGGCUCCCCGCCAACGUGACCACGCUGAGCUUGUCGGCCAACAAGAUCACCUCCCUGCGCCAGGGGGCCUUCGCCGAGGUCACGCAGGUCACCUCCCUGUGGCUGGCCCACAACGAGAUCCGCGCCGUGGAGCCCGGCGCCCUGGCCGUGCUGGCGCAGCUCAAGAACCUGGACAUCAGCCACAACCAGAUCGCCGACUUCCCCUGGGCCGACCUGCGCAACCUGAGCGCGCUGCAGCUGCUCAAGAUGAACAACAACCGCAUGGCGGCGCUGCCGGCCGACGCCUUCCGCAACCUGCGCGACCUGCGCUCUCUGCGCAUCAACAACAACCGCUUCAGCUUCAUCGCCGAGGGCACCUUCGACGCGCUCACCUCGCUGUCGCACCUGCAGAUCUACAACAACCCCUUCGACUGCACCUGCCGCCUGCUGUGGCUCAAGGCGUGGGCCGAGAGCACCCUCAUCUCCAUCCCCGAGCGCGAGUCCAUCGCCUGCGCCUCGCCCCCGGCCCUCAAGGGCGUGCCCGUGGGCAGCCUCCCCGCGCUGCAGUGCGCGCCGCCCGCCGUGCGCCUCCGCUACCGGCCCAACGUGGACGGCGCCGAGCUCGAGGCCGGCCUGGCCCUGGCCCUGCACUGCCUGGCCACCGGCCAGCCCCCGCCGCAGCUGCAGUGGCGCAUCGAGACGGCGGGCGGCGCGCUGCUGCUCCCCGCGCCCAACGCCAGCGGCGCCGCGCAGGAGGCGGGCCCGCGCGCCCCGCCGCGCUUCCGCGCCUUCGCCAACGGCACCCUGCUCAUCCCCCACCUGAGCAAGAAGGAGGAGGGCACGUACACGUGCCGGGCGGACAACGAGCUGGGCAGCAACGAGACGUCGGUGAGCGUGGCCGUGGCCGGGCCGCGCAAGCACCCGCCGGGGCCGGGCGGCAAGGGCCCCGGGGGAGACCGCAGAGCGCCCGCCAAGGGGUACGGCAACAGCGUCCUCACCGCCAAGGGCCAAGAGAGGACCAAAGGCCGGGCCGCCUGGGGAGGGCCGGGCGGGGCGGCGGCGGCGCGCACCCCGGGGGCCCCGGACGACGCGGAGGCGGCGGCGGCGGCCGAGGCCGAGGCGGCCGAGGCCGAGGCCGAGGAGGACCCUUUCCGGGCGCCGCCCUUCGAGCGGCGCUGCGGCCGGGGGGACCCGACGGUGUACGUGUCCAACCACGCCUUCAACCAGAGCAGCGACCUCAAGCCCCACGCCUUCGACUUGGGCGUGAUCGCCCUGGACGUGUCCGAGCGCGAGGCCAAGGUGCAGCUGACCCCGUUCGCGGCCCGGCCGGAGAAGCGGCACCUGCGGAUGCUCUACCUGUGCGCCGAGGGCGGCCACGCCGUGGUGCAGUGGUCGCGCAUCGAGGAGGGCGUCAACGCCUACUGGUUCCAGGGCCUGACGCCGGGCACCAACUACUCGGUGUGCCUGACUUACGUGGGCGAGGCCUGCCAGGUGCAGGUGGUGUUCACCACCAAGAAAGAGGUGCCCUCCCUGGUCAUCAUCGUGGUGGUCAGCGUCUUCCUCCUGGCGCUCGCCACCGUGCCCCUGCUCGGGGCCGCGUGCUGCCACCUCCUCGCCAAGUACCAGGGCAAGACCUACAGGCUCAUCAUGAAGGCGCAGAACCCCGACCAGAUGGAGAAGCGCAUCGCUGCCGACUUCGAUCCCCGGGCCUCCUACUUGGAGUCGGAGAAGAAUUACAGCCCCACGGACUCCGGGCGCGGGCUGGGACAGGAGCCCGGGCCGGGGAGCAGGGCCGGAACGCGGGUGGGGGAGGAGGAAGAGGACGAGCAGGAGGAGGAAGAGGUGCGCGCAGGGCUGGAGAGGGACGAGAGCCUAGUGGCCGGCUCCCUCCCAGAGUCCCAGUCCAAAGCCAACCAGGAGGAGUUUGAGGCAAGCUCCGAGUACAGCGACCGCCUGCCCCUCGGGGCUGAGGCGGUUGAUAUCGCCCAGGAAAUUAACGGGAACUACAGGCAGACAGAACGUUGACCUUCCCCUCCCCUCCCCCCCAUCCCUUCCACCUCCUCAAUUCCCGCCCGGCCCCUAACCUCGGACUUGGGGAACCGAAAGAAAACGGGGUGGGGGUGGGGAUAAAAACACAACCUAAAGCAUUUCACGUUAGCGGUGUAAAUAAGGUUGCCCGGGUGUACUCUCCUCAAACUCUGGGCGUGCAGCCGAAAAGCGGGAAUAGAGCUCCUCCUUUCUUUCCACUUGGAUGUCCCCUCCACCCUAUCCCGAGGCUGAGCCUCCACACCCGGGAACCCCGCGAUUGCACCAUCCUUCUCCAUCUCAUUUCUAGCUGCUUUCCUUCUGGAGCGGGUGGGUUUAUGCCCUGAAGACCCGGGCCCUUUUGAAAUUAAAAAAAAAAAAAAAACAACAACACUCAUAUUCCUUUUCUUCCUUUCUAGGCUUAGAAGGGAACAAACCUAACCUCCCUGUUCCCCUCCUUCCAUCUCCACCUCAAUCAUUUGUAAUACAAAGAAACGGAAAGGGGCUUGGAGACUAGGACAAAACACAGCUCACCACUUCUUUGGAUUUUAAGAUUUGUGUUUUGUUGUUGUUGUUGUUUUAAAAUGAAAAUCAUGACACUAUUGGGUCUGGUGCUAAAAUCCCGCUUCCCAGCCUGAUGGGAAAUAAGGGCCAUUCAUUCAUUCAUGACCUGCGUCCCUCUUUUCACUAUUUCCCCGCAUCCUUGCCCCCUCUCUCUUUCUCCUUUCUUUCCCUUAAAACCGGAACUCUACUCAAUCACGUCCCCCUCUCCAGGAAGGUGCAAGUGAGCCCCCACUGUCUAUUUCGUUAACUUGUCUUUGGGUUUCAGGAGGCCUCCGCGCUGGACAGAGCCAGUACCUGCGGUACACACCCGCCCCGACUCAGGAGACAAGUCAAAGGUCCCCGAGAAAGGGCCGUUGGGAAGAGAGGAAACAAUGAGUUUAGAAAAGGCCCCCCAGAACACCCCUCUCCCUGCUCGCGUCCCCUAACCUGGGACUAGAUGUGAAUCAGACUUGAGGCUCUCAUACGGAGGCCAGGACUCGGAAGGUGAAUUGUAGAGGUUAAAGGUAUAUGUCUUUGUACUUGUGGCUUGAACUGAUCUUAAACCGUGAGUGCUUUAAAUUCAUUCGGCACAAAAUAUCUGUAUAUAGAAAAGGUUCAAGGACAGAGAAACGAAUCUGUUCUUUUGUGGAUCUCGGCGUCCCGCCCCACCUUCCUCCCCCCAUCCCUCUGAAUGGACACGGUAUUCCCUACCGAGAACCGUAUUAGAGAAAUGUGUAUUCCUAGGCUAGUGUGAUUUCUAGAAACAAAAGUACGUGGUCCUGUUCAUUGUAAACCUGUAGUCUUAGCUGGGGCUGGGAGGGGGGGAGGGAGGGAAGUAGGAGGGGAAGAAGACUCAGUCCUGCCGGUCUUCUGCCUCCGAACCUCUCCCGGGUCUUGCUUUCCCGUCUUUCUUAAAAGGAAGGAUUGGAUAUCUUAAGGUUUGUUAGGGGAGGGGGGAUUAAUAUUGUUGUGUUUGUUUGUUUUGGAGAGCGGCUGUUUUCCUUCGUCCUUGAGGCAAAUUUCAACUAGCACCCCUGUAGCCCAUCUCUGCUCAGGUUCUUCCUCUGGGGUCGUUCCCGGAAGGACCGUAGAGUACAAUCAAAUCCCCCUCCCCCUUCCCUCUCCAUCGAACCAUUAAAUCAGCGACCUUUUUCCUAAAGCGCUUCUGUGUGUAGUCAAUAAAAGAAAUAGAUUCAAAA